AUGGCGGCUUCGCCAGAAUCAUCCCUUAUAGAACAGCUUGUUCGUCUUCGGAAUGAGGCUUCUCAUCCAGACUCCGCCCAUCACCUAUCCUCCCUCCUCUCCUCACACAAUGGUACUUGUCCUGCGAAGUACCUGCUUCCAUGCUUCAAGGACAUCUAUAAGUCCCUUCCCGAAGCAUUGAAGUCUCACAAUGACGAGUUCAUUGUCCGUCUUCGUGCUCAGGUGAAGGCUGCCACCCCGGAUGUUGCAUCGCUGAUCGGGACAGACUCCCGGGCUGGCUUCAUUGAUGCCACCACCGGAAGACAUCUCACACACGCUGCCAUCCAAGACUUUGUCCACAACUUCCACUUGCCUAUUGGUCUAUCCAAACAUGGCAAGCCUCGCAUUGCUGUCAUCUUGCCCAAUGGACCAUUGAUGGCCAUUGCGGUCCUUGCAUUCACAAACAGGUAUACCAUUGUGCCCAUGGCAUCAAACACGGUGCCAGAGCAGCUUCAUAUGGAUAUGGAUCAGGUCCAAGCCGAUGCUGUCGUUGCAUUGGAUUCCGAUCUUGACAAAUUGCAAUUGGACAAUGGCAGUCGGCCGGUAUUUGGUAUCGAGCCACUAGAGGACCUGACUUUCCGGGUGGUCUCUCAACAGCAUGCUUUUGGUGCAUCAAAUAUCCCCUCCAAUGCCGGAAAUGAUAUCGCAAUUAUCCUUUUCACCAGCGGUACAAGCGGUACUAAGAAGCUGGUCCCAAUCACUAUCUAUAACCUCAUCGCUGGUACGAUGGCCACAAUUGAAUCGGUCGAAUUGUCCGAAACAGACACAUGUCUUAACAUGAUGCCGCUGAACCAUGUUGGUGGUAUCAUUCGCAGUAUCUUCUCCCCCCUCAUCGCUGGCGGUGCGACAAUUUGUUGCCCGUCUUUUGACCCCAGCAUGUUCUGGGAUGCUGUCGAAAGCCCACACAUGACACCAACCUGGUACUAUGCCACACCAACCAUGCACCAGAUGAUUCUUGGCGAAGCCCAACAUCGCCCCGAGGCUGUCAAGCAAAGUGCCAUCAAAUUCAUCUGUAACGCUGGUGCUGGUCUCCCGCCGACGCUCGCCGCACAACUUCACGAUACUUUCCACAGUGUCAUCCUUCCCAGUUAUGGUAUGACUGAGUGCAUGCCUAUUGCUGCGCCGCCAAAGGACUACACUCUUGAUCGUCAUGGAACAUCAGGACGCAUCGUGGGUCCUGAGGUGGCAAUCAUGGAGGGGGGCUCUCCCGUCGCGCGACCUGGAAUGCUCGGACACAUCUGUAUUCGUGGAUCACCCGCUUUUGAGGGAUACCUUACCCCCGACGGGAAGAUUGACACUAGCGCGUUCGACGCAGCUGGCUGGUUUGAUACAGGUGAUCUGGGAUACCUCGAUGCUGACAACUACCUAUACAUCACUGGUCGCAGCAAGGAGGUAAUCAACCGUGGCGGUGAAAUUAUCUCUCCUGUCGAAGUGGAAGAUGCCGUGCUGGCCGCGGCUAGGGAUCCCGAAUCUCCACUGUACGGUCGUGUUGCCGAGACAUUGGCCUUUUCUGUCCCCGAUGAGGUGCUACAAGAAGUCGUUGGUGCAGUCAUCACCACACCUCCCGGUGUUCCACGCCCAGAUCUCCGCAUGCUCCAUGAGGCUCUUCACCCCAUCAUCCACCAGCCCAAGUGGCCUGCAUUGAUCGUAUACAUGGACCGUGUGCCCAAGUCAAACAACAAAAUUCAACGUAUCAAGCUUGCCGAGCGAUUACGUUUGGACACCCUCACCCCAACCACACCCCUGGCUGACCGUCACUUCGAGGCCGUCUGCCCCCCUAAUGGUACCCCACUCAGUGCUUCCAUUGAGAGCAACCAGUGUAUUGUCGACGAGCACAAUAUCAGGGAAGUUCUAGCCAGAAGGGCUAGCAGCCCCGAAGUGCACAUUCACACACACCCUCGCGAUGGGUUCGCGCAGGCUGUGCUGUUUGGCGCGAGCUCAGGUGAUGAGCCUAUCACCCCCGAGGACCUUCGCAGCCACCUCGACGGCUACCUUAUUCCCAGCCGUAUCACUUCCCUCGAAGGUCCCAUGCCUCUUGAUGCUUUCGGUAAACCCGAUCAAGCUGCUAUUGACGAGGCGGUUCGUGCCCGUUACUCAGAUGGCGAUCUGACACCCACCCAGUCCCGUGUUCGUGAAAUCUUUGCUGCGGCCUUGUCUUGCGGGGCAGAGGAUGUUUCUGGGAUGACAGACUUCUUUGCCGCUGGCGGUGACAGUCUAAGCGCUGGUCGUUUAGUUUCGCAGCUUCGUCGUGAAUUCGGUAUAUUCCUUGCCGGUGAUAUUCUCUUCCACCACCCCACUAUUGGCGAGGUGGAAGACAAGAUCACCGAAGCACUCGAUAUCAAGGCUAUGAAGGGUGACCAGGGAGAGGUGGUGCUACCCGGCUGUGAGAAGACAUAUAGCAGCACUAACCCGCUCCUCAUGUUUCUCCACCUGUUCCCGAUCAUGAUUUUUGCCCCCAUGAAGCGAGCCUUCCAAUGGUUGGUGUUCGCCUAUGUUAUGGCUGAGUGCUCAACUCGCUUCCCUCUCAGUGACCACCUCAUUGGUCGCGUUGUCCUGAUUGUUCUGGCUGUUUUGUCUGCUCGUGUCGCUGGACAUGUAGUCUUCCCCAUCUGUGGCAUCACUUUCAAAUGGCUCGUCAUCGGUCGUCACAAGGAGGGUAUCUUCCCCAUGUGGGGCCCAUAUCACACUCGAUGGUGGUUGACCCAAAAGGCGUUGCAGAUUUGCGGCAAGGGCAUGUUCAGUCGUUUCAACUGGUCUCGCGUGCUAUUCUACCGCCUCCUUGGUGUAAAGAUUGGCAAGAACGUUACUCUUCACCCGAUGGUCAAACUUGGUGAAUAUGAUCUGAUCGAGAUUGGUGACAACGUCGUCUUGGAUGUCUGCCAGUGCCGGCCUUUCGCCGUCGAGCGCAAUACUUCCAUGCUUCUGAAGCGUAUCGCUAUUGGCAAGGACUCAUCCGUUGGUACCAAGUCUAUCCUCGCCCCGGGUGCUGUUGUUCCCGAGAACACUUGCAUUGGUCCCAACUCAUCAAGCUGGGAACUUCAGGAUGCCGAUGAGUCUAACCGCGACUUACUCUCCUCACGUAUCCCUCAGCCUCACUGGAUUUGGUCUAUCAUUCUCAUUGAGCCCAUCAAGAUUCUUGUUUGGGUUGCUUCACGUCUCACCUGGAUGGGUGGUCUUGUGCCCAUGGUGUACUCGUACCCUAAGACAUCAGCCGACAUGUUUCUUGGUACCCUGGAAUGGUUUACCAGUAGCCAGCGAAUUGGAUAUCAUAUCACCGCAAAGAUUUGCCGUGCAAUCGGUAGUCCGAUUGUGCAAUUUGCCGCUGUCUUGGCUUUUAAGACCCUCCUUGAUCUCUUCUGCGGCAAGCCCAAGCCCGGUCCUGCCUCCAAGCAAACUCAACGCCAGAAGGUUCGGAGCGCUGUGCUUUCGCAGAUCUUGCCUGCCGGUGACAUUCACGAGCUGACUCGUCUUGUCGGUCGUCACUAUGAGGCUGUCUCUAUGGCUGUCCGUUGCCUCGGUGGCAAGGUCGGCAAGCGUGUCUACUGGCCUAGUGUCGGUCCUGCUGUUCCUGACUUCGACCUGGUAGAAGUUGGCAACGAUGUUGUCUUCGGUUCUCGGUCCACCAUUAUCACAUCCGAUGGCUACGGCCGUGAUCGUGUCACAAUCGGUGACGGCACUAUGGUCGGCGAUCGUGUCAUUGCUCUCCCCGGUACUACCAUCGGUCGCGAAGCUAUGAUCGGUUCUGGUGCUUUGCUUCGCCGUAACGGAGACUUUCCCUCAAAUACUAUCUGGACGGGUAGCAAGGGAGGCAACGCAGUGCAGUUGGGUAACACAAUGCCAAUGUCGAAUGCUCCGACCGUGGUCGACAGCAGUAGCAGUGGCAGCAGCACAAACGGCGACAGUGACGAUGAGAAGCGUGCUUAUGACGACAGAUGCGGAGAUGACAAGAAGUCCUUCAGCGAGAAGCAAACUGACCUCGGCGGUAAGGAACAGUCUGCUGAGAUUGAGAUGGAUACCUGCAAGCCUUUUGGUCGCGCAUUCUACCGCCACGAGUCCAACUACUAUGUCCUUCGCAUCUGGCAGAUCGUGAUCUACUCCGUCAUUGCGGUAGUCUUCACAACCGUGUUCUGGAUUAUCUCCGUCCCUCUGUCCCUCUUCGCUCUGCGUGGUGCUAUCACUCAUAGCAGCUCCGCGGCCCUUCACCCCGGUCCAUGGCGUCCAUUUGUCAACUAUGGCAUCCUCGCCGCGGUUUUGGGCGCAAUCAGUACUGUGCAGGUCUUUAUGGCCAUCGGGGUCGUAAUCAGCAUCAAAUGGAUGGUUAUGGGUCGCCGCCAGGAAGGAAGCUUCCACUGGGAUAAGAGCAGCUAUAACCAGCGCUGGCAAUUCCUUCUCUCCUGCGAGACAAUGAUCAAGGACUGCUACGGUAACCUAGGUCUUCUUCCUCUGAUGAGCGGUACUGCCUGGCUGGUCUGGUACUACCGUCUUCUUGGCGCGACAAUCGGAAAGGACUGCGCUAUUCACGCCAACGGCACGCCGAACGUCUUCUUCACUGAGCCUGACCUCCUGACUCUCGGUGAUCGUGUCGCCGUUGAUGAUGCCAGUUUGGUGUGCCACUUGAACUCUCGUGGUGAAUUUGAGUUACAUCAUUUGACGGUCGGAGACCGCAGUAUCUUGCGCGCUGGAUCGCGCUUGAUGUCUGGUGCUUCGAUGGGUCAGGAUACUUGUCUUUUGGAGCACACUUUGGUUCUGUCUGGUGACCAUGUCGAAGAUGGAACCACUAUGCAGGGUUGGCCAGCUGGGCCCUUUGAGGGCAAUCGUGCUUAG